AUGGCUACUGCAGGUCUACAUGAAGAGUUAAGCUGCUCCAUCUGUCUGAAUAUUUACAAAAACCCUGUUAUGCUAACAUGUGGGCAUAACUUCUGCAAUGACUGUAUUGUCAAGUUUUUUGACAGUCAGCAAGAAUCAAGAAUUUAUACAUGUCCUGAAUGCAGAGAGUCAUUUAAGCAGAGGCCUUCACCAUCGAAAAACCUGAAGUUGUGCAAUAUCAUAGAUGUUUACCAGUCUACUCAGCAUGAAACAGAAAAGGUUGAGAUCCCCUGUACAUACUGUGUGGAUUCCUUCACACCUGCUGUCAAAACAUGUCUACUUUGUGAAGCCUCCUUGUGUGAUGUUCAUUUGAAGAACCACAGCAAGUCUUCAAAGCACAUAUUAAUUGAACCCAGCGAUUCCAUCAAGACCUUGAAAUGUUCUGUCCACGAUGAGCUGCUGCAGUAUUUCUGUUAUAAGGAUUCUUCCUUUUUAUGCGCAACGUGCAAGACUGGUAAGCAUUUAGGACACCAGGUGGAGCUGGUAAAUGAAGCAGCCAAGAAAAAGAAAACAAAUCUGGGAGAUUUUUCAAGACAGAUAACUAUAAAAAUUUCAGAAUAUAAAAUGAAAUUACAGCAAGUACAGGAACAGAAGAAGAGAGUGCAAGGAAAUGCUGGUGCUAUGAAAGAAAGAGUUAAUGGUCUGUUUGAGGACAUCAGGGAACAGAUUCAUGAACUGGAAAAAAACGUUUUACAAGAGAUCACUAAACAGGAAGAGCAGGUUACUCUACCUCUGUCUAAACAGAUAGAAACUAUAGACAGAGAAACAGAUGUCCUACAGCAGAAAAAAGAUCAGGUCGAGAGGUUGUGCGAUAUCUUUGAUCCAUUAACGUUUCUGAAGCAGGAUCCUAUUGAUACUAAUCUUGGAAAAUCCCUCUACAUGGCAGCUCCUAUAAAUGAGAAACUGGAUGAAGUGAAAAUUGAAGUUACUUUAACAAGAAUCCUUAACGCAUUUCCUGCCAUUCUUACACUACUGAAGGCAAAUAGAGGUUUUUUUACAAAUACUGCCUCCAAUAUGUUACUGAAUGUAAACACAGCAGAUGUGAACAUUGCACUUUCAAAAGAUCUCAAAGAAGCCUCCUACUGUUAUGAAGAAAAAUCACGCCCCCAUCAUCCAGAAAGGUUUACAACACAGCAAGUCCUAAGUACCAAUAAGUUUUCAUCAGGAAAACAUUACUGGGAAGUGAAUACCAGUAGUAAUGGAGGAUGGUCUGUAGGGAUGACAUAUAACAGCAUCAAGAGAAAAAACGAAACAUCUUAUAUAGGGAAAAACCAUAAAUCUUGGUGCUUAUCAUGGAUUGACAAUGAACUUAUUGCAGAACAUGAUGACGAGUCAGACGAUUUAGAAAACUAUGCACCUAACCUUGGAAUAUAUCUGGACUAUGAAGGUGGGAUUUUAUCGUUUUAUGAAUUGUCAGAACCGAUAACACAUUUACAUACCUUCUAUGCUGGUUUUACAGAACCCCUUCAUGCUGCCUUUUACUUGGCUGAUGGUGCUUGCGCUAAAAUUGUGACAUAA